AUGCUCCUCGCGGCGACUCAGCACCACCUCCCCCCUCUCUCCGAUUCCUCCUUCCAAGCCCUCCUCCCUCUCAUCUUCACCGCAGCCGCUCUCACAGCUCUCUCCGCUGAUUCCCUCCUCGUGACUCGUGGCAAACUCGCCACGGCAGCUUCCUUAUCCGCUGCGCAGCUGUUCGACGGGGAAACGAAUCUUCUCCUCCAGAACUCCCUAGCCGUCGCUUUCUCUGCUGUCGCCAGGCGGAUCGAACUGGAGGCGGAGGACUUGACCGAAGGUGACGAACGCGCGUCGUUGCUGGGGUUUGUGCGCGUCGCUAAGAGCGCCGUUCACGGCGUCAUGGCGUGGUACGGCUGCGCAUGGCGAUUCCGAGCGCAGCCGGCUGCGAAAACGGCGACGGCUGAAGCUAACGCUGGUUCGGAUGAUGAAGGGGAUAAGAUUACCGUGGAGGGAUGCGGCGAAAGAGAGGAGACAGAGGAGAGCGUGGAGAAGGAGAAGAAGGAGGAGAAAGGGGAGAAGGAGAAGGAAGAGGAGGAAGCCACGUCCGGGCUGGGGAAGGAGGCAGCAACAGCACUGGCAUCUCUAGGCACUUUCCAUGUGGUGAUUGGAUGCCACUCAUUCAAGCGUGGUUACCAGGUCCUGCCGCUCGAUCUCUCCCGGCCGGCAUCCGUUGUCCGUUUCUGCCACCUCGUGCGCUCGAGACUAGGGCUGGAUGCGGUUAUGAUUGGUGCUGAGGAGGGGAUUGAAAAGGUGGGAGAAAAGGCGAGGAGUAUUUAUGGACUUCUCAAAAGCAAUUCCAGUUUGGAAGAGGCACAGCAGGGAUCAAGACAAGGAGGGGAAGAGGAAGAGAAUGAGGGGAGGGCGAAAGAGGGUAGCCAGGGGGGUGGAGAGGAGCGGGGGCUAGAGGAAGAGGCAGUAGAGGAGGAAGAGGAGGAGGAGGAGGAGGGGGAGGAAAAGGGGUUUCUCUGGGGCCAGCAGCAGCAGCAAUGGCAGACGCGUAUGGCUCAAGUUCCCUCCCCCAUGCCUCCCUUAUGCCUCCUUGUCAACAAUGCUGGCAUCCUUUCUCCUACCGCCUCCCACCGCUCUGCACCUGCCUCUCUACCAGUUGACCGGUACAAUCCCAGCUCCCCUUCCCCCUUGCUGAAUGGUGACUGCAGCACCUUAACCACCAACCAUCCCCCCCCCCUGCUCUGCUCACGCUCCACCUGCUGGCUGCCACUCAUUAUGAAUCCCCUGUGUCGUCUGCUCAUCGGUCAUUUCAGCAUGCUAGCUACCAACUACCUCGGCCCUGUUCUAUUCACGCCCCCCCUGCUGCCCCUCUCAUAUGCCAGCCCGUCGUUCAAAUCGCCCCUCGUUUCCCUUGCCCAUCGCAUCCUAGCCACCAACUAUCUCGGCCCAGUCCUGCCGGGUCCUGCCCGGUCCUGCUCACACUCUGCCUGCUGCCCCUCACCAUACCUUCCUGUCCUUCCCUUCCCGAUAAUGAAUCCCCUGUGUUCUCCCUCCGUCCUUGGUCAUCGCAGCAUGCUAGCCACCAACUAUCUUGGCCCUGUUCUGCUCACUCUCCGCCUGCUGCCCCUCAUGGGAAGACGAGCGCCCUCCUUACUAGCACAAGCACAUGGAGGAAACAACACAGGCGCAUGUGGGGAGGCGGAGGAGAGACUGAAAUGCCGCAUAGUCAAUGUGACUUCCUUCACGCAUCGAUCAGUGCGCCAGCUGUGCGUGUCUGAUGUGGCGUCUCUGGCAACAGGCGCUGCUGCUCCUGCCAGCUCGCCCCCGCCUCUGUUCUACCCUGCAGCCAGCAUAUACCAGGCCUCCAAACUGUGCCUGCUCCUGUUCUCACUGCACCUCCAGCGUCUCCUCCAGUCAGACCCCUCCACGUGUCACAUAUCCGUCGUCCCCAUAGACCCCGGAAUGGUGCGCACGGCAGUACUAAGGGAGCUGCCUUCCCUCUUCGCAGCCACAAUCAACACCAUCUUCUCUCUCCUCGGCCUCUGUUUGCUGCCCCACGCCCUCGUCCCCCUCUUCCUCUGCGCCUCCACUGCUCCGCAGGAGCAAGUAGCAGGGAAGUACCUGUUUGGAACCCACGCAGUCCCCCUUCCACCCUCCCCACUUGCCCAAGACACCUCUCUCUCGAAUUCACUUUGGCGAACCACUCAAGACCUCCUCACCCAAUGGGUGUCCAGAUGA